AUGGCCAACGAUCUUAAAACAAGAAGCGCUGCCCUGGUGAUUCUGGAGGGAUCAACAUUGGUCAUUUUAAAUAUCCUCUCACUUACUGGAAAUAUCCUUGUGUGUCUGUCUGUUUACAGAAAUCCUCGCCUGCGUACAUCUACUAAUCUUUACAUCAUAGCUUUGGCUGUAAGCGAUCUUCUUUCGGCAUUGUUUGUUAUGCCACUCGCGGAAGUCAUCCUUUUUCAAGGAAGGUUGCCAUUUGGUGAAAGCAUAUGCCAGUUUCACGCUUUCAUAAGCCUCUUUGUCAUUUACGUUUCUCCAGCGACAAUGAGUUUGACUGCCAUCAACAGAUACGUUCGUAUAUGCCGAUCUUCUGCGAACUACGAUUGUAUAUUUUCGCCCAAAAAAUCUCGUUUCUGUCUGGCUUUUGUGUGGAUUUUUGUGGCAUUUUAUAUUGGAAUUCCCCGCGCGGCUGAAUUUCAGGAAUUUGAGUUUGUAGCAGGUUACGCACAAUGCUCGAUCAAGCACCUCAGUGAAACAGCGAAAAUCAUUCAUUACACAAUCGUUAUAACCCUGUUCCUUGCCCUGCCAUUGUUAGCUACAACAUUCUGUUACGGCAAAGUCCUUAAAACUAUUCGACAAAAUAAGAUAGAAAUUUUUCCCUCGAUUCGUCAAAAUAGAAGGCAAGGUAACGAAACAAGGAUAUCUGUUCAAGAAAUUAAUCUAAGCUGGUCAUUAUUCAUUGUUGUUUUUGCGUUUAUGUUGUGUUGGAUUCCUUUAUGGGUAAUUGUUAUUUUAAGGCGUUUCUUUAUCAUUCACAUGCCAAGAAAUUUGGAGUUGUUAUGUAUGUUUUUUCUUUACAUUUCCAACACGGUUAACCCUGUCAUAUAUGCUGGCAUGAAUUCAUCCUUCCGAAACGAGUUUCGUCGGAUCAUCACCUGUCGAUCAAGACGUGUUGUAAUAUCUUUGACGUCAGUGAAAAGAAACGCAGAAGGAAUGUUCGAGCUCAGUCGGAUCCCUUCAAACGUGAGACAAUAUUCCAGAAACGAAUCCCUUGAAAGAUCUGAAAAUGUGGAUCGCAUUGCUUCCUUGGAUUUUGAGACGCCUGAGAUUGACACUUGUAAUCUUCAAGGAGGAAGCAAGAACCUACACUUUUUGCAUAUUCCGACUAGAUAAGAAAUAUGAACGUCUCACUUACUAAAAAAUAUGUUAGAAAUCUGACUUUAUCCGUUUACUCUAAUAUCACAAUAUUUAUUUUAUUCAUCAGGUUGUAUUCCGCAAAAAUGGCAUAAUUUCCCCAGCCAGAAAUUUAAAAAGGCUCGUAGGUAGUGAACAUCUUAACUCCAACUUCCUCGCUUUCACCUCUUGAUCGGGAUAAAUUAACGGCAAUCAAAUUCGUAAGAAAAUUUGACGGAAGUAUCAGCCAUAAAACUCUACUAAGAUUUAAUGGAGUAAAGCAAAGUGAAACUCAUUUUCUACCGACUGCUCUAUCUUUUUUUUAAUUUAUUAGCUUUUUCCCUCUAGAUUUUAAAACCCUUAUGAUCUGUACGCUACAUAUAUUAUGUCUUAAGGGAAUGUCUAUCGUUUUUAAAUGCGAAAGCACUUAGAGUAAAAAGCCCUCACUUAAUCAUGUCAGAGAUUGGAGUCGGGAAACAACACAUUAAUCGAUAGAAUGUUCACAGGGUUUUAAUUUCUUCGGAACCUUUGUAAUGUAAAAAUACAGAAAAGCAUGCAGGGGAUAGAUAACAAUAUAUGGCUAGCAUUUUUAAUUUUCUAGUUCUCGGAAGAAAGUAUAGGUGACAGAGUUUUGUUUUCUGGAUUGUAAUGUAAAGCCUGAGUGAGGGGAGAGACUGCAUAUAACGAUUGCAUGCUCACAAAAAGUGCAAAUUUACAAAAAAAAAAAAAGAAAAGAAAAAAAAGAAAAGAAAAGAAAGUUGGAGGCUGUAAAUCUUUGCUGUAGAGGACGUCAUCCGCUCAAAUAAAUAGCAAAAUAUUCCAUUUGACUAUAUUGAGUCCGGUAGGAUUUGUCAUUGGAAGUAAUUAAAAAGUCAAUAACUGUCAUAACAUGCAUUAUUACUUCUACUUAUCAUUCUGAAACUAAUAAGUUAACACUUGCAUGAAUUAGCCGAAAUUUCAAAGGAAGUAUAAUUCACGUUGCGUUCAUGUUAUUUGCGGAAAAUGCUCUUUUGAAACCAAGUCAAUUAAAAGAUGUUCAAAUACGGCACAGUACCCUCAUAACAGAACAAUAGAAGUUUAGCCUUGUUAGAAUAUCCCUGUCGAUCCCUAUGUUUCAUCCGCAGUUUACAUUGUGCAUGAUGACAGGAUUGUUUCUCGAACUAAUCCUUGUAACCAGCUUUAUAAAGAUCCAGGUAAGUAUUUUCCGCUUUUGAUAGUAGCCUGAAUUCCAAGAAUAUUAUCACAGAAAUCCUCUUAAGUUGUUAAACGUUAUAUUUAUUACGUGUAGCUAAGUCUAAGUUCUUUUUAAAAUUGUCGGCAAAACCGUUUAUUAUAAAUAAUUUAAUAACUUCUUUGAAGAAAAAACUUAAUUUUUAAUAUUGCAAAUGCCCCUUAUAUAAGUCGGAAUCAUUAACGAUGGGCCUUUUUAGUAAGUUUGUUCACGUUUUCAGGUGCGGCUGUCAGAAUUCCGAGAUAACGAUUACAUGUUCAGAUGAAAGCUUUUUACCAAGGAAGUGGUUGACAUCUGUAAAUUCUACUGAAAAUAUGUAAUUAUUUAGGACGCGUUUUCUGAUUCGUUCCACCCUUAAACACUUUGUACUAUUAAUCCCAUCCUUAUUUCUGUUUCUUAACAGAAGAAAAAAAAAACAAACAAACAGACAACCACUACAAAAACACGAAAUAAAACACACAAAAAAGAAAGAAAGAAAGAAUACAAUGGUCGCUUGAGAAAUCAAAAAUUCAAGGUCGAUCGCCUUAGUACUUGCCGACACGACACUACAUAAAAGUAUGAUAUGGCUUAAAGACUGUGCAAUAAAACUCAUGCCAUGACCCGUUUGACAAAUGCGGUUUCAUAGUUUAAAAAAUGACUAUAUUAAACAUCGAUAUAUCAUGGCAGCAAAUAUAUAAAUAUACAGACCAUCAGUUUGCAUUUUUACGAAGAUAACACAGCAGCAAGGUGAGUUCUAAAACUGCUCUCUUAUUUCUUCUUUCCUUUCUUUAUUUUACUUUUGUUUUAUUUUAAUUUCUGAAAUAGGCAGGGCAGCAGUGAUAAUCACACGCCGAUACAUUCCACAAUAUGUUUUUAAAGUGCUUUUAAUUUCCAUUUGAUUUAUACAGCUUUAGGCGAGUCAUUAAAUUUUACUUUUUUUUUCCAAAAUUAAUGGAUUGAAAGUUUUUUGUUUUUUUUUGCUGAUUAAUUUUUCUGAUGUUUUCUUCUUAUAUUUUGUCACUUUUAAUCUCUGGCAUGAUAAGAAAAUAUAACGUCCAAUUUGCCUUUGGAGAGGUGAAAGAGCCGCACUAGAAAAGUUUUGGAGAGUAGAAUACAGUUAUCAACGCAUUAAGAUGUAGCUAUUAAUAGAAUGUCCUAAACCUAUUUGCCAAUGAAUCCGACGAAACAGGUUUGAUGCGUGAUUCACUUGACUCUUUCCUCGCAAACUGAAUUGUGAGUUAUGAUUUUGUACCAAAACAAAUGUUAUGGAGGCCACACAGGUUUGCUAGUCCGCAAAGAAUGUAAUUAAAGUACCAUCCUAGUAAAGAAUUAAGUCGAAUCUUUGCACAUCUAUUUUUAAACUACAGGAUACAAUUUUUUUACAUUAAAUUAAAAAUUCUCCAGUUGAGACUGGUUUUUAUUCAUUUUAAUAAUAAUAUAAAAAAUAUAUAUUGCCGAGUAAAUGUUUCUCCGAAAGGCAAAUCUUGAGGUCUUCUUAUGAGUUAACGUAUAAUUAGAGUCAGGUGACAUGUCGUGUGAUAACAAACUGAUUACAGAUGAAGAGAAAGUGGUCAGUUGAUCAUGAAUUUCUUUUUUAUGCUUCAAUAAUUUACACUGAGGAUCAAAUUCAAAUGGACAGCCUUUCCAAACGAGAAUCGCUAGAAUAUCGCCCUGUCAGCAGAGUCUUUCUUUCGCUUGCUCGGUUUUGGCGUCAUCGAGAAACAACACUCUGAAUGAAUCGAGUAAGAUGUAUGUUGAGCGUGCGCGGCAUGUUGCUAGUGAUAGAACCCAGUCCUUAUACCCGUGUUCUCUCUACAGCGGGCUCGGUUAUGACCAUCAGUUUAUCAAUAAACAAGAUGCUCGCACUCGGAAAAAAAAAAAGACAGUUUGAGGGUAGAAAACAAGAUUGAGUAGUCCAGAAGUUUGUGCUGCGGAGACCUCAAAGGUUUAACGUGAUUCAGGCAUAGCCUCUUUUUCUCUUUCUCAAUCAGCAAGGCUCAGCUCAGAGGCUGCUAGAAUAAUAAUAAAAAAAUCACCAAAAAAGAUGUUUUUCUGUUUUGUUUUUUUUUCCUUUUUUUUUCCCACUGGUAACCCUGGUCUUGAACUAGUCUAGAAAAAGAUACCCACAAAACAAAUCUCUACAUUAGUUUCGCCUUAGGCCUAAUAAUAAGUUUUCUCAUCAGUAUGCAGGUAAAGUCUCUUGAUUCCAGAGCAUCUGCAAUUGCAUUCAUUGAAGUCGUCAUUUGUCUGGUCAUAAACAUCACAUCACUUGUGGGAAACAUCUUGGUGUGUUUGUCGGUAUACAGAAACAGCCGCCUUCGGACUAGCACUAACCUGUACAUCAUUGGACUUGCUAUUGCCGAUCUCCUGUCUGCAGUUAUUGUCAUGCCCUUUACCACUAUUGUUCUCAUCUCUGGUGAUUGGAUUAUUGGGCCUUUUCUCUGCGAUCUACACGCUUUUGUGAUGAAUUUUGUUCUUUUCGUGUCCCCGACUACUAUGGCUCUAACGGCGUUUAACAGAUACAUAAGAAUUGUGAAACCAGGAAAAUACAUGACCGUCUUCUCCAAGCGACGAUCUGUAAUGAUGUUAGGGAGCGCAUGGGCCUUUGUCGCGUUUUACGUUGCCAUUCCAAAGCUUUCAGGUUUACAAGAUUAUGGCUUCGUUCCUGGCUAUGCCCUAUGUCACGUGAUUCAUCUGAGUGACAGUGGCUCUCUCGUACACUAUAUUGCAGUAAUUACUUUGUUUUUGAUAACGCCAUUUACUGUUGCAAUCGUAUGCUACUUCAAGGUCUCCGAAGCGAUUCGCCAACACAACCUAGAUAUUGCUCCGGGCCUCCAAUUGAGAAGGUCGCGGUAUCACAUUACAAUACAUGAGAUAAAAAUCAGUAAAUCUCUGUUUGUCGUAGUACUCGCGUUUAUAUUGUGUUGGAUACCCGCAUGGGCCGUUGCUAUAGUUAUCCGAUUUCGUCUUUUAGAAGCUAUUCCUCGGGGUGUACAACUGUUCUGCUCUCUCUCCGUCUACACCUCUAGUGCGGUUAACCCCUUUAUAUACUCUGGUAUGAAUCGUUCCUUUAGACAGGAAUUUAAGAAGAUUUUGAAGUGCAGAAGUGUUGUCACACCAGCCUGA